CAUUUUGACAGACAUGCCCGGAUGUUAUGUGUUCGGCAAGUGCUAACUUGCUGAAGACCGACUUGACUUUUUGCGCGUUGCUUGAGCAGCCAGGCGGAGUUGCGGAGCUUUUUCCAGCAUUUUGGCAAACUUGUGCAGCUCGCCACCGCGCAUUUUUGAAGUGAGGAAUGUUUUCAUCUUUGGCCUUCUUUGGAGAGGCAUUGAGGCGCCGGAAUUCUGUCACGCCGCCUUGGCUUUGCUUUGCUUUUCGAGGCUAAUUGAGCACUUUGUCUCCCGUCACUUUGGUUGGUGCGCCCUCGAUAGCAGGCGGAUUUUUCCCCACUUUCUUUUCCUCCCGUACACCACACUGGAUUUUUUUUUUUUUUUUUACAUUCUGGGAUUCUCGUGAGAUGUCGUGGACUUUACAAAGGAACAAAGAUAUGUGCGCGUGUGUGUGAUAGAGAGUGUUUUUUGACUCCCUCCGCCCCAAACCAAUUGAGCGACUGACCGGGGACAGGACUUGGGAAUCAAUGCGGUGUCAGCUGGUAGGACGCGGGGUCCGGAUCUCACCUCAACGUUGAUACGUCCUGGGAGUGAUGCACUGGCUUCCCCUGGUUGCCAUGGUGAUCGCCUCGGCCCUGCCCUUCCCUCAAAAGCCUGCGUCAAGGAUCGCCUCCGCCGCCAGCGUGGACGAUGAGCGGCGUCGCUUCGCCGUGGAUUACAACUCCCAGGGGAAUGCCUCGCUAACGUAUGACAACGCCCCCGCCGUUCAGGACCCCAUCCGGAACUCGGCGGAACCGAGCGUUGUUCCGAGUGGAAAGAACCGCAGUCGACCAGACCACAGCGGUUUCCUGGACUCCACGAAUGGACCCACGCAAGUCUCUGAAGUGGAAACACAGAUAAUCCAACCUCCUGCAUCCGCUGGACUGAGGACUCAGAGAGGAUCCGCAACCACCGUUCCCACGGAGCAGCUUCGGAACGCGUCGAGGAGGGGGCCCGCGGCGAGGGGUGCAACACCGACGCCCGCAAGCGGUGCGGUCAACACCACCCCGGAGGCGGGGUUGGGCAUCCUGGAAGGUCUCCUGGAAGGGGACGAGAUGUUUUUGGACGCUCACCCGCGGGUCCUGUUCUCGUCGUCGCCCCCGGAGCACCCGCCCCUCAUGCUCAUGCUGGAGGUCGGCCUCCUGGAGGACGACGCGGUGGAACUGGAAGACGCCCACGCGGAGGGUCACGCUGAUCAGAGCCUCAGUUGGGGCAACGUUUCGGGAUUCGCGUCUGACGCGGGCCGCGCCCACAGGAGGGACAAACGCUCGCAUUUGAUGGAUCGCCGUCGGGGCGAGAAGUCUGUCUGCGAGGCGGAGAGCGUCUGGGUAACGGACAAGAAGACGGCCGUCGACUCGCGUGGCCAGGUGGUCACCGUCCUGCAGGACAUUCAGACCCAGACGGGUCCGCUUAAGCAGUACUUCUAUGAGACCCGGUGCCGCCAGGCCGAGCAGCAGAAGAGCCACGGGACUGCCGGCCACGGCACUGCCGGCAGGGAGGCGUCGCAGCCCACCGGGGUGGCGGGCGCCGGCUGCCUAGGCGUGGACAAGAAGCAGUGGGUGAGCGAGUGCAAGGCCAAGAAGUCUUACGUGCGCGCCCUCACCAAGGAUGCCAACAACCGGACGGGGUGGAGGUGGAUCCGCAUCGACUCGUCCUGCGUUUGCGUGCUGCUCUCCAGAGCCAAUCAGAUCCUGGCCCGCGAAGCGCUAGCCCGGAGGGGGCGGGGAUAACCGCAUGACACCUCAAAGACCUCAUGCCAGAACACAGUAUAUAGAGAUGUUUUUCUACGAUUUAUCUUUCAUAACCUAAGUUAUUAGUACGUAAGCAUGUGUAUGAUUUUGAUAUUAAUAUAUUCCUUCACCGGUCAUUGUGUACGUACAGUGCUUAACGAACACCGUAUUACAAUAGCCAUCACGAUCGUCAGUCAGAAACGUAAGCACAAUUUUUUCGUUCCAGAAUUUAAGGAAAUCACAAUCACGAAUUUAUGAACAAAAAGGUUGGAAUUUUACAAUUACAAUAAUUUUAUGCGGAAUAAACUAAAAUUUUUUGAUGGAUUUACAUAUGUAAACAUCAGAUAAACG